AUGGGUUUGUUCAAUUCUAGUGGUUCUCACUCUAAGCACAAUAACAAUAAAUACGAACGUGAUUUAAAAGAUAUCGUUAACUUACCAGAAAAUUCAAAUAGGUGUGGAGAAUGUGGUUCUUCAUUUCCAACAUGGUGUUCGUUAACAUAUGGUUGUCUAUUAUGUGGUAGAUGUUCCAGUGUUCAUCGUAAAAUAUUAAACAACUCAAUAGUAAAGUCUUUAAGUCUAGAAAGGUGGAGUAGAGAUGAGGUUGACGAACUAUAUAAUAGUGGUGGUAAUAAAAGAAAUAAAAAUAUUUGGAAUGAUAAAGAUGUUCCGUUCCCAUACGAUGGUGAUGUUGAUAAAGAUGAAGUGGAAAAUUAUAUUAGAGAAAAAUAUAUAUAUGGUAAAUUUAGAACAUCCCCAAUGAAUGAUGAUUAUAAUACACGCUAUGAUUAUGAUUAUGAUGAUAAUAAUAGAGACAUCGGUAGUAGAAAGAGUGCCAGAUUACGGAGCAAUAGCUUGGCAACUUUAAAAUUAACUCAUUCCAGGUAUGCCAAAGAUUACGAAAUUGGCAAGUAUGCGAAUAAACUAAGAACUUUGAAAGGAUAUGGUUUUAAUAGUACCGAUUUAUGUAUCGAAGCAAUAGUCUUAGCUAGAGGUAAUUUGGAUACGGCUUUAGACUUAUUAGAAAAAGACUUGCGCGAAAAUGGAGGGAGAAGAUCAAGAUCAGGUACAAUUAAUAACAAUAAUUCAGGGCCACAAUUACCAUCUAGGCCACAAGGAGCUAAUGCCCCUAAACCGGCAGUAUUUGAUGGUUUUGAUGUUGUAGAGCAACCACAACAGUACGUUGACCCAAAUACAGGUAUAGUAUACGCCAAUCCACAACAACAGCAGUUACAAGCUCAGCAACACGCCCAGCAACAAUUACAAGCUCAACAGCAAUUACAAGCCCAACAACAAUUACAAGCUCAACAGCAAUUACAAGCUCAACAACAGGCUCAAGCUCAACAACAAGCCCAACAGCAAGCCCAACAGCAAUUACAAGCUCAACAGCAAUUACAAGCUCAACAACAAGCCCAACAACAAUUACAAGCUCAACAACAAGCCCAACAACAAUUACAAGCUCAACAACAAGCUCAACAGCAAUUACAGGUUCAGCAACAGCUUCAGGCUCAGCAACAACAACAGGCUAAUAAAGCCGCCUUACUAAAUUUAUACAAUCGUCCUGAUAUGUAUACUAGCCCGGUAGAAAUAGCACCUGGAAAUCCUCAAUACCAUCAAAUAUUACAACAACAACAAACAGCUCAGCAAAACCAAUCACUGGCUCAACAACCGUUUUAUUACAUGCAACAACAACAACAACAACAACAACAACAACCUGGUUAUUAUUAUAAUCAACCAAUGUAA